AUAUGGAAAACUCCCAUGUUUGCCCGCCAUCGCCGCGAAGCGACGGUUCGGAUGAAAAGAAAGCAGAGAUGGGCGAGCGCCAAAGGUGUGUCCAGAUUCAAGAGGUGGAGAAGGUCGGGAUCGCGACACAGCAUCCAGGGGAAGGCAGCGUGGACGAUGGAGCCGACAGCGUCGGAGAGGGACUAGUGCUUCGACGCUUGAGAUCAGCCGAUUUCCACAAGGGGUAUCUGGAUUUACUUGCGCAGCUGACGGUGGUUGGCGAUGUCACAGAAAAGGACUUCGAAAGAAGGGUUGGCGAGAUUGAAGCUCUUGCUCCCUAUCACCAUGUGUUUGUGAUUGAGGAGGUUGCAUCUGGAAGAGUUGUCGCAACGGCAACAAUGUUUAUCGAGCUGAAAGUGGUCAGGAAUUGUGGCAAGGGGCCAUUUGCUAAUUUGCCCUGCUCUGUAUCGCUGAUACAAGCUUUAGAGAAAGUUGCAUUAAAAAAUGGCUGCUACAAGAUGAUUCUCGAUUGCCAUGAGCGGAACAUUGGAUUUUAUGCCAAGUGCGGCUUUGCGCAGAAGGAGCUGCAGAUGGCGAAAUAUUUCUGAAAAUUUGUGGAAAUUUGGAGAAAUCAUAAAUGUACAUUUUGUCAUUUUGUCAUUUUCGUAAUUUAUUAUUUUUUUUUCAAAAGUUUGCGACUAUUCAAAAGGUGUGGGUUUAUGGAGAAGGUGGUCGAGAUGGCGAAAUGUCUCUGGAAAUGUUUUUUUUUUUUUUUUUUUUUUUUUUUUACUUUUUCCCCAACCACUUUUAGGUAACCUAGUAAAUGAAUUUAAAUCUC